CGGUCUGCCUCAACCGGAAUCCGUUCCUAGCCAGAUGAAUUCGCCCUUGUCCUCCCGCAAUUAAUAUAUUACGCGUCGCACGUGCUUUUGUUCCGUUCCACCUUGCGCGUGUCAUCUUCUCCCUGACGUUCUGCCAUCAUCAAUGAAGAUAUAGUUGGGCGAUAGACAUUCAUGGCUUCGGCGGGCGGGCCGCCCGGUGAGCUUGAAGAUGCCCCUCAAACCGCCACCACACGCUCGAAACUCACCACCGCCCAACGACGGGAGAGGAAGCGGAAGUUGGAUCGAGAAGCUCAGCGGGCCGUGAGGGAGAAGACGAAGAAUCACAUCGCGUACCUGGAAGGGCUGGUGAAAGCCCUCCAGAACCCGGAGGGAAACGAUGGUCGCAUGCAGGAGCUGGUUGCACAGAUUGAAAACGGCCAUGAAGAGGCGAAGGUGCUGAAGGAGGCGUUGGGAAGUAUUGGGAAGAUCGUGAACGGGAUCGCCAAAAAUGGUAACGAUGAGGACCACAUGUCGAUUGUGAAGUCGGAAGAUCGCGGUCCUCCAGGCAGCGGAGAUAUGCCUGGCCAAAGUGCUGUCGCCAGUUCUUCUACCUCUCCGCCAGAAUCGAAUUCCACAAGCAUCAGGUCUAUGUCGGGGGACCAACAAGCGGGCAAUCUACCCUCUAGAACCAAUCCGUUUGCUUCCGGAGCGGCUCAGGCUGAGGCUUCGAAUCCAAUCAUUGAUGAACCAUUAUAUGGUGUCAUUGAUGCGGAGCCAUACAUUCAAGAUCACCGUUCAACCGGAGGAAACUCGGUGCCCACAGCAGCGGGAGCUGCAUUCGCCAACGCGACACCGACCGUUCCCCCUUAUCCCCUCGUAAACCCAGCUCUUAUUGAGCAGGGGAGGAGUAUCAAGUCCUUGGAUGGCACCGUAAACCGACAAUCGAGUGACGACUUUAACAAUAGCGAGCGAUAUUGGUCAUCAUAUUCCAUUCCACCGCUAACCAACGAAACUACUAGCCUGGUUGAGCUUAAACAGGUAAUCAAAGACACCGUCAACAUGGUCAUGAUGAGCCCAGGCCUUCAAAGCAAGUUCUGGUAUUUGGGUGGAAUGAUUCUCCAGCACCUGUUGAACCGACCAGAUGCUCCAUUGACCCCACGUCAUAUGGACGAGGACAUAGCCAUUCGGGCCUGUUUGCAUGGCUGGCAGGCGGUGGAGCAACAAUAUGUGCUGGAUGGUUGUUGGCAGUGGUUGAAGGUGUUGGAUACGCAUAUGUACUCCCACCUUGGGUUCCCCGAGAGAAUGGCGAUCCUGAGGAUCAAGAGGACAAAGUUUCUGGCUCAAGUCAAACAGGAUAUGACAUAUGAACUCAAGUUACCUGCAUUCAUGAAGCCAAGACCAGCUCAAGAGAAUGUCCAACAUGACGCCCUAGUUGAAUAUUUCGUCUGGCCUGGCAUGCGGGAACACAUCCUGUUCUCUCCUACCAAGUACGCUACCGACGCCUUUAUGGAACCCUUCCGUCAAAACCUCCAUUUCCUCUGGCCACACGAACCCCAGGACAUCUACCAACGCGACCACGCAACCGGCCUCUACAACUUCAGCGACCUUUGGACUAGCCAUAUGGCGCACAUCGGGUGCUGGCGCAUCAACUCCGAUUUCUUCGAGGUAUACCCGCAUCUUCGGCCCGACAUCCCGUGCUCGACGGAGAGUCCGGUGAAUUCGCGGGCACUGGUCAAGAAGACAUUCAACGACGUCGCGAGGAGAAUAUGCACGUCGGAGACCACCAAUCGCGCGGACGGCGCGGGCAGAGGGUCCGUAUCGCUUUUCGGAGAGCAGGACGAGGAGGAGCAGAAACAAAACGAGAACGAGCAAUUUUGUAGCCCGCAUACGAUGGCGACGGUGCCAGUGGAUACGUUGCUCUCAUUUACGACUCGGAAUUGAUUAUCGAUACCCCGUGGAGGGUGAAGUUGGGGUUUGUGGCGUCAAGAGGCACACCGGACCGGAUUUUGCUGGUUUCGAUGAGCCAUGGAACGACGCACGACUUGGGAUGCGGUAACCGGUGUUUUGUGGUUUGAAUACUUGGAGAAAAAUCAGUGCCUAUCAAAAGCAGGGGCGUAUAGGUAGACUUUAUGGUAGCACUGCUUUACCAGGCGAGUGAUUCGACUCGACUGAUAUGCCGAAUGUACAACCGAACGACGCGGUGAUGGAGUUAAUUGCAGAUAUUUCGGUCAUGUUCUUCAUCUAGGCGCGUUGAGAGGAUUAUUGAGAGAUAUCAACACAAGUCUAGAGCCAGACUACGGAACUCAUUCAUUGGAAACUUAUGCCCAUGGAUUUUAAUAUAAUCAUUAGUAAUUUCCAUACGGC